AUGACAAUGACAUAUGAAAAUUUCCAGAACUUGGGGAGCGAGGAGAAAAACCAAGAGCCUGGUAAAGCAGCUCCUCCCAAGUCCCUCCUGUGCAACAUCCUCUCUUGGACCCACCUCCUCCUGCUCUCCCUGGGCCUCGGCCUCCUGCUGCUGGUGGUUGUCUCCGUGAUUGGAUCCCAAAAUUCCCAGUUAAGGAGGGACCUAGACACUCUGAGGGCCACUUUAGACAACAUCACCUCCAAGAUAAAGACUGAAUUCCAGACCCUGGACUCCAAGGCUGUCAGCUUGCAAGCAGGCAUCAGUUCUCUGAAAGUGGAGGUGGAGGAUCACAGGCAGGAGCUGCAGACAGGCCGAGGCUUGAGCCAGAAGGUGGCUUCUCUGGAGAGCACACUGGAGAAGAAAGAGCAGGCUUUCAAAACAGGUCUGUCUGAAAUAACUGAUCGUGUGCAACAGCUGGGGAAGGACUUGAAGGCCCUGACAUGCCAGCUGGCCAACCUCAAGAAUAACCGCUCGGAAGUGGGCUGCUGCCCCCUUCACUGGAUGGAGCAUGAAGGCAGCUGCUACUGGUUCUCUCAGGCUAAGAAGUCAUGGCCUGAAGCUGACAAGUACUGUCAGCUGGAGAAUUCUCACCUGGUGGUGGUCAACUCCCUGGAGGAGCAGAAUUUCCUGCAGACUCGCUUAGCCAAUGAUAACAGUUGGAUCGGCUUAACGGACCAAAACGGGCCCUGGCGAUGGGUGGAUGGGACCGACUUUGAGAAAGGCUUUAAGUACUGGGCUCCAGAGCAGCCAGAUAACUGGUAUGGACACGGACUGGGAGGGGGCGAAGACUGUGCCCACCUCACCUCGGAUGGCCGCUGGAAUGAUAAUGUCUGCCAGAUACUCUACGGCUGGAUCUGCGAGACAAACGUUGGCCAAGGAUAAGUAGGACUCUCUCCAAGUAAUUUAUUACUUCAGUGGUUUCAGCUGCUCAGGCCUGGAGUUUGGAAUCCUCCUAUCUGGUCUCAACAUUAUUGGGGAUUUUUUUUUGUCAAGGAUUUUAAGGCAAGGUGAAGCCAUUGUGUUUGAGCUGUGUAGUGUGGUGUUCGGGAGAAUGAGGUUGUUGAAAUCUGUGAUAUUUUGUACAGUGUGAAGCUUAUUGUAGGUAACUUUUGAAUGUAACAAAAAUUAAAUA